CUCGUCAUCACCGGUAUGGACGCGUCGACCGCGAUGUCCGCGGACACCAAUCCACCAAAGAGUGAGCUCCGGAGGACUGUCACCACCCAUGCGUUGAGUCCGUGGAGCGAUCGCCACGAGUUGGUCACCGUCUUCGGCAGUAUUUACCAGAACCCAGACUUCGUGGACAUCGACUACGAGCUGCUGACGUUCGCCAAGAAUAAGAUCACCAUUUGGUUGACUCGUGUGCACCACAACGUGGACGUUGCCGUCCACCUGAUGGCCACCCGUGAGAUGAUCAACGCCUUGAUUGAAGACAAUCGCGCGAACCAGAGGCUGGACGAGGAGGACAGGGAUGAGAGCGCUGUCUACUCGCUGUACUGUCUGGCGGUGAUCCGGUUCUGUACGGCUAUCUCGCAGUACUCGCACGAGAAUAACAUGAAAAGCGUGCGCCGAUUGGCCCACAAGUACUCGUGUCCGCAAUGGAUCAUCGAUUGUCGCCACAGUUUGUGUCAUUCCUCCGGUACUCAGCCGUCCAUCGAAGAGCUCCGAAGCGCGGCACUCAUUGGACUCCAUUGGAUGCGACAGUACUUCUGGGAAAAAGUUUUAGACAAUAAUAGCGCUAAACGUGGCGUUGAUUGCGAUUAUUAUGCGCUAAUCGAGAGGUAUAUUAGCGUCGAGAACAAGGCUAAGAAACGGACUAAAAGUGAGAUAAUAUCCGCUAUUAAACACACGAGGAAUGAGUUGGUGUCGGCGGUGGUCAGGCAUCUGAUCGCCAGCGAGAGUAAUGGCGACAAAAAGUUGGCCAACGAGUCGUUAAAAGUGCCGAAAAUGUAUUUAAGAAAGUUUGCGAACGUCUUCGCGAUUAUCAUUAGCUAUCAGUCGCUGCCACUGCUGUUGAAUCAAUUGGUGACACACAUUGACAGCGAUAAUCGCACGCAAAGGCAUCUGGCGAUGAGUUGGUUCGCGACACUGAUCCGUACCAUUGGAUCCGAUAAUAAAGUGUCGAAAUUUAAGAGACAUUUCCAGCGCCUGUCGUACGGGUCGGUGAUGGCGAGGAUAGAGUGGGUGCGCCUACUGUACGCUGUGGUGAAGAGACCUAAUGGUAGGACAUCAGCGCUGAUCCAAUUGAUGGCACCGAUUGUGGCGGAUGUGGUCUCGGAGGACAAGAUUGAGGUACUGAUGAAUCUGGCGAUGAGAUACUCGUACGAGUCGAUUGAGACAAUCAAUGAAAAUAAUGACCAAAACUCUGGUGAUAAAGGAUUCGUCGCGAAGACAGUGAUGGACUUGUUGCCAGAGAAUCAGAUCAAUGACUCCGAGGCUAAUAGC